AUGUCACCCAGUCAGAAGGUUACUCAGUUUGAGCCGACGCUUGAAGCAAACGCGCCUCAGCAUUGUCCUGGCCCUGAAUCCGAGCUUGCGGGAAAGGAAGAUGCUUGUAAAGGAUGUGCAAAUCAAGAAAUAUGCUCAUCUCAACUUCCCAAAGGACCCGAUCCUGACCUUCCACUAAUAUAUAAGAGGUUGUCACAUAUACAGCAUAAGAUUCUUGUGCUUUCUGGGAAGGGGGGUGUAGGCAAAUCCACGUUUACGUCGAUGUUGGCAUGGGCGAUAGCUGCCGAUGAGGAUGUUGAAGUGGGAGCUAUGGAUUUAGAUAUAUGUGGUCCUUCACUACCGCGAAUGUUGGGUGCUGGAGAAGGCGAAAGCAUACAUCAAUCAAACAGCGGGUGGAGUCCUGUUUACGUUGCUGACAAUUUGGGACUAAUGAGUAUUUCCUUUAUGUUACCCGAUUCGGAUCUGGCGAUCAUAUGGCGUGGCGGUAAGAAGAAUGGGUUAAUAAAGCAGUUUUUGAAAGAUGUUGACUGGGGCGACCAGUUAGACUACUUGGUGGUUGAUACGCCUCCCGGAACAAGCGACGAACAUUUAUCUGUCACUUCGCUAAUGAAGGAAGUUGGUAUUGAUGGGGCGCUAAUAGUUACUACGCCACAAGAAGUGGCGCUAUUGGAUGUUAGAAAAGAGAUUGAUUUCUGUAAAAAGGCAAAGAUAAAAAUUCUAGGUUUGGUUGAAAACAUGUCGGGCUUUGUUUGUCCCAAUUGUCACGGCAAGAGUCAAAUAUUCAAGGCAACCACAGGCGGAGGUGAAAAAUUGUGUCAGGAGUUGGGAAUCACAUAUCUAGGAUCAGUGCCGCUAGAUCCUAGGAUCGGUAAAGCGUGCGAUGAAGGCAUAUCAUUCUUUGAUUUAUACCCUGAUUCGCCUGCAGCAACAGCUAUACUUGACGUUGUUGAUGCGCUACGGGACAAAGUAGAAGUUAGCAUGAAUGGAUUGAAAUUGAGCUAA